AUGGAGACCAAUGGCACUCGACAGCGAUGGACGGAGACGAGACGGAAGAAGGAAAUGAACCCGUAUGACGAGUGGUUGAAGGAGGAAAGGGAAGCACAAGUUCGGGAACAGCAGGAACAGCGACGGCUUCAGCAGCAGCAAAGACAAGCGGAGGAGAAUGGUGGAGGUUCGCAAUACCCUUCUCUGACCGACCCAUCAAGCAUGGCCCAGCAGCGCCCAAGUCUCCCAACCACAGCCGGGCUCAGGGAAUCUGCAAAUACGAUCCGCGCUGUGACACCCGACGACGCCGGGGACACGGACAUGAGCCAGGAAAGCAGUCCGCUCGUUCCAGAACGUGGUACGACGAGUUUCGAGCGAGCCUUCAUUCCGUUCGGCGCUUCGCAAAUGUUAGGUGUGGGGUUGGGCACCACGACGACGAUUGUGGGUGGACCGGCUGCACAUACCCCGUUUGGCAGUGGACUUGCAAACUCUGCGUCGUCGCACAAGCAGCGGAGGUUGGUGCGUGAGAAUGAGUGGGAGAGGGAGGCGCGGUUGGCGCAGACCAGUCCGGAUGGAAGCAGGCACGGGUCGGUGGGGACGACCGCGCGGACGCCGUCUGGAAUGUUGGCACGGAGUAGCAGUCGCAGUAACGGGCAAUCUCAGCUCCACUCUACGGGUGCUGUCCCAACGACCACAAGUAAUAGAGAUGCGCAAGGAAGUGGUGUGCGACCGCGGACAAGGACUUUGGAAGAGACGAGAAGGAGAGAGCGGUCGCCGACUGCGCUGCUUAAGAGUCGGAAUAGGAUUGGAAGCGUCCAUUCGCCCUCUUCGCCAGUGUAUCAAGGCGCCGAAUAUCUGGCAUCCGUACCGGCUGCGACAUCACCGCCCUCGGCACCUUCAAUCAUGUCUCUAGGUUCGCCAGUACAGACACCGGUCGAUUCGGCGGGAGGACGUUCAAUAUCGCCCAUUUCCUCGAGUACGGUCGAUUCGCUUACUUCUGGCCUGCCAGCACCAAACGCGAGGCGCAUCGUGCAUCUGAUGAAGACUCUUAAUGGACGCAUGAGUGGCAAUGUUAGCUUCCGGCGUGGUGAGACUAGUCGAUGGAGCCAGAUCUACUGCUAUGUCAAGGAGGAGACCGGCAGCUUGAUGUAUGAGUCCAGAAGCUCAGAAGGCACCCAUAGGAGUCUCGUCUCUAGGCUCCAGGGUUGCAAUGUCAGGCAUCAUGUCGAGGACGAUACGCCAUAUCUGGAAGUGGUGUCACCUCACUCGGACCUAGAGCUCCACAUCAAGCUGCAGACGCAGAAUGAUUUUGAUUCUUGGUAUGCGACCUUCCUGUACUGGAGCGCAAGAGAGAUACCAGCAAGUCGCGCCCUCGCCAAUGGUAACGGUCAGCUACCUCCUUAUGCUUCCGUUCCUGUAAUACCAGCACGACCAGACCCGCCCCCACGAAUGUCCUCCGCGCGAUCGCAGCGUGAGCGGGCUGGUAGCAGCAAGAGUGACAGGCGGAAGUCAGUAGUGAGUGCGCACAAGGAGGCGCCGGUCAUCAAGAUCGGCAAGAUGACAUAUUGGGAUACGAAUGUCGGCUACAGCAGUCAGGCCCCCAGCGCUGCGGCAUCAGCAAGCAGUACAAGACCGCAAGCAUAUCGAAUGCAAAGUCAUGGCUCGAGAAGGUGGCGGCAUAUAAGCGGACAGUUGCGAGAGAACGGCGAGCUGAAGCUCCACUCCGAUGCAGACAACAGCCUGAUCUCCGUGGUACAGCUCAGCCAUCUGAGUCGAUGCGCGAUACAGAGACUUGACUCCAGUGUGCUGGAGAACGAUUUCUGCUUGGCGAUAUAUCCGCAGUACACUGCGAGCCUAAACAACAAUCCGCAGAACUUCCUACGCCCGAUCUUCUUGAGUCUGGAGAGUAGAGUGCUUUUUGAAGUCUGGUUUGUGCUACUUCGCGCAUUCACCAUACCGCAAUUAUAUGGUCCGCCAGAGCAAAGCAACGGAGAUGCAGAAUCGUCAAUUGCGCACGACAUGGCGCAGGCCUCAAGCACAAGAGACAUGUUUCGGGUAGAGCGCAGUCUGAGCAUUCGAAUGGUCGAGGCGAAGAUGUUCCCUCCAGCAUCUGCGCCGAACAGUGCGAAUCCGGACUUCAGCCAUAGUCGCAGUCACGCCGUCAAAGCAGACCACCACGGUUACUAUGCGGAGGUCCUGCUGGACAACGAGACUCGUGGCAAGACGGCAGUCAAGUUUGAAGGUCUUGCGCCACUCUGGGGCGAGACAUUCGACUUCAAUGACCUGCCGCCGGUCCUCACAAGCGCGAGUGUGGUCAUCAAGCGCAGACCACCUGAUAGUGCUCACGCGCGUGAGAUGCAUGAAAGCAGACUUGUUCACGAAGCGUAUGGGUUCACGAGUGACCAGCAUGGAGGAUUUACCAACCUAAAUUUCGACGUUACUUGCGGGAAGGUUGACAUAUCACUACAGGAUCUGGAGGAGGAGAAAGAGGUGGAGAAGUGGUGGCCCGUCGUCAACAUGUACAAUCAGCGAGUCGGCGAGGUCUUGAUCAAAGCGCGAGCAGAGGAGGGUGUCAUACUCAUGGCUCACGACUACAAACCGCUCAGCGACCUUCUACACAAAUUCGGCAACGAGUUGACCCUUCAGAUUGCGGCUAUAGUCCCGAGCGAGCUUAAGCGCCUGAGUGAUUGUUUGCUUAGUAUUUAUCAGGUCUCAGGCAAAGCUGGAGACUGGCUGAUGGCGUUAAUCGAGGAGGAGAUCGAUGGCCUGACGAAAGAGACACCGCUGAAUAGGCUCCGCUACAGUAGGCGCAUCGGCUCGAACGAUAGUGCAGAAAGUCAUGGUCCAGCUGGCCAUCCGCAUAGCGAUCGUGAGCUGAUCGUACGAGAUAUGAACAAAAACGCUACUGUGGAGGCUAAUCUGCUCUUUCGUGGCAACACACUGCUGACGAAAAGCUUGGAUACGCAUAUGCGACGAGUUGGCAAGGAGUAUCUGGAGGAAUCUCUGGCUGCUAAGAUCAGGGAGAUCAAUGAGAAAGACCCGGACUGCGAGGUCGAUCCGAAUCGCGUUCACAACCCUCAGGACCUUGAGAGGAAUUGGAGGCGGCUGACGCAGUUCACGCAAGAUGUGUGGAAGUCGAUCUUGGCGGCUAAGAGCAAAUGUCCUGUCGAACUACGGAUCGUCUUCAGGCAUAUUCGAGCGUGCGCGGAGGAUCGGUAUGGUGAUUUCCUGCGGACGGUGAGCUAUAGCAGUGUUAGUGGGUUCAUGUUCUUGCGGUUCUUUUGCCCAGCUGUGCUCAACCCGAAGCUGUUUGGGUUACUCAAGGACGACAUCAAACCUCGUGCCCGUCGCACUUUCACACUGAUAGCGAAGUCACUGCAGACACUGGCGAACAUGGCAUCUUUUGGCAAUAAAGAGCCCUGGAUGGAGCCUAUGAACACUUUUCUUGGCCACCACAGAGAGAGCUUCAAAGGCUUCAUCGAUGACAUCUGCUACGUACCGACUCCACUCUCUACAUCAGUCUACGCCAGCCCGUCCGCAUCGUCUCCUACGUACCCAACGAUUGUGCCGACAGCAGAAACGCACCUAAGCUACGGCACGCCGAUGACGAUCAUGCAGCGACUACCACCAACGAGUCGAGAAGGCUUUCCAAGUCUGCCAUAUCUCAUCGACCAAGCGCGAGCGUAUGCGGAUCUGGUGCAGCUAUGGCUGGAGUACACAUCGCCUGGGCCAGGUUCUGAUGCUUCGACUGCGCGCAAUAGACGAUACUCCGAUAUUCUGAGUGCCAUCAACAGCGCAGAAGGAGAUCUCAAAGCCUUUCACGCCAUCUGCAGCAGCCUGAAUAGCCGCACACAGGAGUGCUUGAGUCGUGCGGAAAGAGCGGAGAGGCCUGCGAGCCCGUUAAGCUUCAAAUGGGAGGAGCUCAUCGAUCAGCUGCAGCAUAAUGCAAGUGCCAAUGCUGAAAGUAGCGACGAGAUGCCCACACAGGCUUCUUUUGACACAAUUGGCGAGACGAUUGCCAGCGAUGCAUCGAUCCUGCCUCAAGGCAUGGCCAGCAGGAGCAUGAUCGAUGCACGACGGACCCGGCACUGGGACACUAUCGCUGACGAAGGUGAGGAGAAAGAAGGUGAUUCCGAAGCACAUGCGAGAAGGCUAUACGAACAAAUACCCCCGCAUUCCACCAUCGCACCUGUCGUCGACGGCACCACGUCCCACCCUUCUCGCAAAUCCACACGAGAUCGAGAGCGUGACAGACCGGGCUCCGCAAGCCUCGGAAGCAGUAUCCAAGGCUCCCUCCGCCGCGCCCUUCAAUCCCGCGGCUCCGACCACUCGCAUUCCCAAUCCGCCAGUGCAAGCGCCAGCAACGUCUCCAGCGCCGUGAGCAGCGACACCGAACAUGCCGCCGCCGGCGGUGGUACCACGGCUCUCCCGAAUUAUGAGAGGGAAAUCCGACAUCGGGAAAGGAGGGAGGUCGCGCGGCAGCAGAUCCAGGUCCAGAUGGAGGAGGCGAGGGUGAGGGAGGUGGAGAAGGAGAGUAGGAGGCGAGUGAAGACGCCGUUGGCUGCGUUGAAGAGGAAGAAGGAUAGGGAUAGGGAGCGGGAGGGUAGGAUGAGUGGGAGUGGAAGUGCCGGGAGUGGAGGUGGAGGUGCGGGAAGGAAGGGGAGUGUGCAGAGGGGGGUUGAUAUGAGUCAUGUGUGA